AGUCAGGGCGGAAAAACACCAAAUCUACCCGCAGAGGAGUGAAAACAAAACUUUGUGGCAAUUUCCAGUUUAUUGCCAGUUCCUUCAGGGAUUGGGAGAUUGGAGCUCCGAUUCAUGCAGUGACCGCAGAAAAAGCAGAAAUAAAAACAAUGUUCCUGUCCAUCCUCGGGCUGGUGGCUGUUUGGUACCUCUAUCGCUGGUACAAAGAAAGAAAAAGAGUUCCCAACAAGGGGGAUAAAUAUGUGUACAUCACCGGCUGCGACUCCGGCUUCGGGAACAUGCUGGCCAAGCACCUGGACAAGCUGGGCUUCCGCGUGAUCGCGGCCUGCUACACGGAGGCGGGUGAAACUGAGCUGAAGAAGUUCUCCGAGAGGCUGACGGUGGUUUCCCUGGACGUCACCAAGUCUGAAAGCGUCAAAAAGGUGGCGGCUCACAUCAAAAGUCUGGUUGGGGAGAAAGGUCUAUGGGCCGUCGUAAACAACGCCGGGGUCGCCACACCGUCCGGUCCCACCGACUGGCUCACCAUAGAAGAUUUCAAAUCCAUGCUAGCCGUCAACCUGAUGGGAGUGAUCGACGUCACCCUCAGCGUGCUGCCGCUCAUCAAGAAGGCCCGGGGCAGGGUGGUGAACGUCGCCAGUGUGUUCGGGCGAAUCAGCCCGUUCGGGGGACCUUACUGCGUGUCUAAGUAUGGAGUGGAGUCCUUCAACGACAGCCUGCGUCUAAAUGUGGCGCCGUUUGGAGUCAAAGUUUUGUGCAUCGAGCCAGGCUUCUUCAAAACAAGCGUGACUGACACUGUGAUGCUGAAAAAUAACUUGAAAAGCCUUUGGAAUAGAUUAUCUGAGGAAAUGAAGGAGAACUAUGGGCAGGUUUACUUGGAGAAAGCUCUUGAUCGGCUGGAUAAAACGUUCAGCCAGUUUCGGGAUGGGGACCUGAUGAAAGUGGUCCACUGCAUGGAGCACGCCAUCGCGGCCGUCCACCCUCGCAGUCGCUACUCCCCAGGAUGGGACGCCAAGUUCUUCUGGCUGCCCAUGUCGUACAUGCCAACUUGGAUUUCAGAUCAAUUUUUCCUUAGAUACAAUCCCAGACCUAACGUUUCUGCGCUGUAGUUUCUGAAAUGUCUGUGAUUUGAGAAGCACCCUCAGCUGAUUUGAAGACCACUUUUUUGUUUUAUUUUCACAACAAUAAACGUGAUUUACCUACGAGUAUGUCAGCUUUAAAUGUCUGUCAGUUGUGUGCAUGUCAAACGUUAACAUCUUUUACAUCUCAAGUCCUGUGAUAACUCUGUUUACCCCUUACUUGAAAAUGAAGUUAUUUGAAUGAGUUAUGUAUUCAGAAUGACAAUUUCUGCAUUUGUUAUAAAGAGUAAGCUCAAACAAUAAUGUGGUGUGUAACUUUUGCUCUUGGAUGUCAUCAGAGUGGAAAGGGAGGGUAAAGGGAGUGCAGUUAUCAAAACCAUGGGGCUCACACAAUCUUGUUUAGUCUCUUACAAAAGCCCGUGCUGGUGAACCAUUUACCCCGCUCCUGUAUCCAUUAUGGACCUUGACUCUGUAGAUAGAGCGCAAAACUUCAUCUGCUGCUUUGAGUUUUGCUCUGUUAAUUUGUGAAGCCGAAGGUGCGGAGCGGCUACUUCUGAAGAGCUGUAACCAUGGUAUGUUUACAUUAUUUGUAAUAUUUCAUAGAAGAUGGAUGAAAUCGUCAGCUGUUUUGAUCAUCAUAAAAACCAGUGCAGAGAUAAAAUGUUACAUGUAGGAUUUGUGCUUAAAAAUAUAUAUAUAUAUUGUACUUACAUCUGCUGCCCUCUGGUGGAAAAUGAAAGUAAUUGCAUCGAGGAAUCUUUGGCUGUUCUUUUUUUUUUUUUUUUUUUUUUGGAUCUGCAAAUAUUUUUUUGACUUUGAAGUGGUUGUACUCAGAAUAAAACAGACUGUGUUUAUGUAA